UUCUAAUUAUAGAAUUCAAUGCCGUCCUAGUUUCCCCACAUAUCUCUCUCUCGUCAAUUUCUAAUUUUGUUGUAAUUUCGUGGCCGUCUCAUUUGUCAAUCAAUCGAUGUGUGAAAAUCCACGCCAAAUUUGUUAUCACUGACCCUUGAGAUCGUUAUCAUCUUGACUAGGCGAGUGCUAACUUUUGCUGCUGAAAAAUGCGAUUCGAGACGCGUGUAAUUUCCUUGACGAGCGAACGCAUUAUAAAAUGAUCUUGUCGUCACCGCGGCGCGGACACUUCAGAUAAAGGAAGUGGCGAGUGACGCCGCACGGUAUAAAAGAAUUGACACUGCCUGCACACUGAUUGACUUACUUGGAGACUGGACAUGAAGGUGGCCCUCAUCAUCGCUCUCUGCGUCGCGGAGGGGAUUGCCUCUCCGAUCGAGCGGCCGCUCAAGCCGGAAGGCGAUCUCAACUUCCAUGGAUUCACCAGACUGAACCUGGCCCUUGAGGAUGGACUUGUCGACCUCGCCCCAGGACUGGCACGCAUGCCUUCCAGGCCUGACGACGACCUCGCUGGCUGCAUCGCCACUUUCUUCGAAGAAAUGGCGUACAGCUGCUACUUCUACGGAAAGAAGGAGCUGGGCGAGAACUUCAUGGACCUCAAGGAAUUGGCUCCUGACCUGGAAAAGCUCGCUGUGGAUAACAACGUCGUGCCUGAGACCUGGCAGUUCCUUAUUUCCCUCAGGUCUGAAGGCUUGUCUGUUAUCAACCUGCGAACCCGUCUUGUUGACACCAUGGAAGUGAUGGAGAAGCAAGGUGCAGACCUUAUCGCCAGUAUCAGAGAACAAGUCAAUGAUUUGAAGUCCAACAAGCAAGAGCUGAUCGCUUACAAGGCUGCAGUGAAGGAGCUUGCCAUGGAGUUCGAAAAGCAGUUCUCCCUCCAGGUUUCCGACUCUGCUGAUAUCCUCCGACUCAUUUCCUACCAGCUUGGAGACAUGGGAAACAACAGGGAUGAAGUUGCCGAGGACAUGAUGGCCAUUUUCAAGGCUUUCAACAAGCUCAACAGGGAUGCCCAGAAUGCUUCCAUUUCCAUGAGAAAUGAGUGGAAGAGAAUCGAAAGAGGAUUGAUCAAGAUCGUUGGCUCUGCCGCCGUAGACCCCAUCAAGGCCACCGUCGCGGAACUGAGCGCGCUGACCACAGCAGAGGUGACUGAGGUCGGUGCCAACCUGUUGAAAACCAUCAACGAUUCCCGCGCUGCUUACGCCGCCAUGCGCGUCCUCUUCCCCGGAGCUAAGGCUUAAGUCGAGGCUGGAAGAUUUCAAAUUAUAUAUUUAUUCUAUGCUAUGUUACUCCUGCAAUCCUAGUUUUAUACGAUAUUCAAUAAGUUACACUAAGAGUCUGACUAAUAUUAACAUCAUGCACGUUUAAUUUAAUAAAUGUUUUCAAUUUAAGAA